CAGCGCCAAUUUCAAAGAUGCAUGGGACACUUACCAUGGUAUUCACAAUUUAUUGUCUCAUCACAACGUGCGGAGUUAAAACCUUUGGGAUAAUAUUAUUUAUCUACUCCAGCUAUUUCAAAAUUUUCUGGUGUUUUUUCUUCAGUGUCGUCGUAAUGUCGAUUUUUGUUAUUUAUGCCAGAGGGAGGGACGAGCUGAAGAGAACGAUUGUCAAUGGGGAGCCAUUGGAGGAGACGUUUGACGAAUUGCAGAUGUUCGAAGAAAUCAGAUGCAAAUUGACGAGUUUGACUGCAGACCUGAAGUCCAAAGGAAUAUCGAUACAUGCGGUGAAAGUGCUCGCGAAAUUCGCCACGGGGAUGCUUGCGAGAAUGGAAAAUGAUCGAAGAGUCUCAGCAAAUCAAUGCACAAAAUCCGUGAAGACUCUGAUGGAGAGUCUUCAAUCAAUGGAAAAUGAAGUCAAAGAGUUGCAGGGAGAAAUUCUCGACAUGUCGGAGAGGAGAGUGGGUUUCAAGGAUUUAUUUUCACAGAGAUCGACGGAAAAUAUCUCUGAGAAAUCAAUCAACUUUCCGAGAAAAUAGAAAAUCUAAUUCUCUAUUUUUUUCUUUAUACGUAAAAUAGUUUAAAAUCGCAACUCAACGAUUUCUUCAAGGAAUUCUACAAAAAUUUUAUAAGAGUUUUUAUUUCAAUUUUAUUUAAAAACUAUUCGUUUU